CCUCAAGCAACCUCGCGCUGCUGAUGAGCCUGAAGCAGAAGAGCCGGUUGGUUGUGAAAGGUUUAAGCUGCAAAUAUUAACUCCUUGGUCAGCAGACGGACCGUAGGGCUGUUUUCAAGGCGUGCUCUCCACAAGAUGGGUCCGACUAAUGUCAUUCAACGCUCUUCAGAAGCGGGAUGCCAAUGUCCGUUAGAGUCCGAGCUGAAGGCAGUGCUGCAGCAAAGGAUCAUGGUUCUGGACGGUGGUAUGGGAACCAUGAUCCAGCAGCAUCAACUCGAAGAGGAAGAUUUCAAGGGGGAGGAGUUUAAGGAGCACCCUCUUCCACUGAAGGGCAACAACGACCUUCUCAGCAUCACACAGCCCGAUAUCAUUCUCCAAAUACACAAGGACUACCUGCUGGCCGGGGCUGACAUCAUAGAGACCAACACAUUCAGCAGCACCUCUGUGGCCCAGGCAGACUAUGGACUGGAACACAUGGCCUAUCGUCUCAACAGGGAGUCUGCAGAGCUGGCGAGGAGGGCGGCCGACGAUGUCGCCAAACAAACUGGUUGUAAACGCUACGUGGCCGGGGCAGUGGGUCCCACCAAUAAGACCCUGUCUGUGUCCCCGUCUGUGGAGAGACCUGACUUCAGGAACAUCACAUUUGAUGAGCUCGUAGAAGCGUACUCGGAGCAGGUCAGAGGGUUAUUAGAUGGAGGAGCAGACAUCCUUCUGGUUGAAACCAUCUUUGAUACUGCCAACGCCAAGGCUGCCUUGUUUGCCAUCGACCUGCUGUUUGAGAAGAGCUACGAAAGGAAACCUGUAUUUAUCUCAGGGACCAUCGUUGACCGGAGUGGACGUACUCUGUCUGGCCAAACAGGAGAAGCCUUUGUAGUGAGUGUAUCCCACAUGAAACCUCUAUGCAUUGGUCUGAACUGUGCCUUGGGGGCGACAGAGAUGAGGCCAUUCAUUGAGGCCAUCGGAAAAAGCACCACAGCUUUCAUUAUCUGUUAUCCCAAUGCAGGUCUUCCCAACACAUUUGGAGGGUACGACGAAACUCCGGAAGUAACAUCCUCCAAUUUAAAGGAGUUUGCUACGGAUGGUCUAGUGAAUAUUGUGGGAGGCUGUUGUGGGACCACUCCAGCACACAUCGGAGCCAUAUCUGAAGCAGUCAAACACUGUCAGCCAAGAGUUCCUGCUGCUGAUAUCUACCAAGACUACAUGCUGCUGUCAGGUUUAGAGCCGUUCAGGAUCGGCCCUUACACCAACUUUGUUAACAUUGGCGAGCGCUGCAACGUGGCUGGGUCACGCAAGUUUGCCAAGCUGAUCAUGGCAGGACACUAUGAGGAGGCUCUAAGCAUUGCUAAGGCCCAGGUGGAGAUGGGAGCCCAGGUCCUGGAUAUAAACAUGGAUGAGGGGAUGCUGGAGGGGCCAGCAGCUAUGGCCCGAUUUUGUAAAUUUAUUGCUUCUGAGCCAGACAUCUGUCGGGUUCCUCUGUGUAUCGACUCCUCUAACUUCUCAGUGAUCGAGGCUGGGUUGAAAUGCUGUCAGGGGAAGUGUAUAGUCAACAGCAUCAGCCUGAAGGAAGGGGAGGAGGAGUUCCUGCACAGGGCUACCACUGUGAAGCGCUACGGAGCCGCUGUGGUGGUCAUGGCCUUCGAUGAGGAGGGGCAGGCCGCAGAUGCAGAGCGUAAAGUGGAGAUCUGCACUCGGGCCUACGAGCUGCUAGUCGGCAAAGUUGGAUUUGACCCCAACGACAUCAUUUUUGACCCCAACAUCCUCACCAUCGGUACGGGCAUGGAGGAACACAACGACUACGCCAUCUACUUCAUCCGAGCCACCAAAGUUAUCAAGGAGACAUUACCAAGAGCCAGGGUGAGUGGAGGUCUGUCCAACCUGUCCUUCUCCUUCAGAGGGAUGGAGGCCAUCAGAGAAGCAAUGCAUGGAGCAUUUCUCUACCACGCCAUCAAGGAUGGUAUGGAUAUGGGCAUAGUGAAUGCUGGGAACCUGCCGGUCUAUGACGACAUAGAUAAAGAGCUGCUGUUGCUGUGUGAAAACCUCAUCUGGAACAGAGACACUGAGGCUACUGAGAAACUACUGGCCUACGCACAGAACAACGUGAAAGGAGCGAAGAAGGUGGUUCAGACAGACGAAUGGAGAGAAGGGAGUGUGGAGGACAGGUUGGAGUACGCUCUCAUUAAGGGAAUAGACAAGUAUGUGGUGGAGGACGUGGCGGAGUGUCGGGCUCAAGUCGACCGCUACACUCGACCCCUUCACAUCAUCGAGGGCCCCCUGAUGAACGGCAUGAAGGUGGUGGGGGAUCUCUUUGGAGCUGGCAAGAUGUUCCUUCCUCAGGUGAUCAAGUCGGCUCGCGUUAUGAAGAAGGCGGUGGGCUAUCUGAUUCCUUUCAUGGAGAAGGAGAGGGAGGAGAUGAUGGCAUUGUCGGGGUCAACUGAGGAAUUGGAUCCCUAUCAGGGCACCAUAGUGCUGGCUACAGUGAAGGGAGACGUCCAUGAUAUUGGCAAGAACAUUGUAGGUGUGGUGCUGGGUUGCAACAACUUCAGAGUGAUAGACCUGGGCGUGAUGGUUUCCUGUGAUCGGAUCCUCAGAGAGGCCGUCACACAGAAAGCAGAUAUCAUUGGCUUGUCUGGUCUCAUCACCCCCUCUCUGGAUGAGAUGAUCUACGUUGCCAAAGAGAUGGAGAGACUGGGAAUGACAACGCCGCUGCUGAUUGGAGGAGCCACCACAUCAAAGACGCAUACAGCGGUGAAGAUCGCCCCUCGCUACACUUCUCCUGCUAUCCAUGUUCUGGACGCCUCCAGGAGUGUGGUGGUGUGCUCGCAGCUCCUGGAUGAGGCAAUGAGGGAGGAGUACUUUGAGGACCUGAAAGAGGAGUAUGAAGACAUCAGGCAGGAGCACUACGACUCCCUGAAGGAUCGUAGGUAUCUGUCUCUUUCCCAGGCCAGAGACAAGGCUUUACAUAUCGACUGGCUCUCUCUGCCCAGACCAGUGCGUCCUCAGUUCCUGGGCACCCGUGUGUUCGAGUGCUACGACCUGAACAGUCUGCUGGACUUCAUCGACUGGAAGCCUUUCUUCGAUGUGUGGCAGCUGAGAGGAAAAUACCCCAACAGAGGCUACCCCAAGAUAUUCAACGACAAGACCGUCGGUGCGGAGGCUGGCCGGGUCUUCGAUGACGCCCAGCGGCUGCUCAACCAGAUGAUUGACAGCGGUAGUCUGAAGGGGCGGGGCCUGGUGGGGUUCUGGCGUGCCCAGAGUGAUGGCGAUGACAUCCACGUGUACAAAGAUGAUGUCACAGUACACAAAGACACCGAGCCAAUCGGCACAUUCCACGGCUUACGGCAACAGUUGGAGAAGGAGAGCUCCAGUUCAGAGCCCUACCUGUGUGUGUCUGAUUUCGUUGCCCCUGCAGACAGCGGCGUAACAGACUACAUCGGCGUGUUCGCUGUGGGCGUGUUUGGAGCCGAGGAGCUGAGUCAGCAGUUCCAGGCUCAGGGAGACGACUACAGCAGCAUCAUGGUCAAAGCCCUGGCUGACCGACUGGCAGAGGCCUUUGCCGAGGAGCUCCAUGCUCGCGUGCGCAAGGAGCUGUGGGGCUACAGCACGGACGAGGCUCUGCAGGCCUCAGACCUCCACAGAAUUCGAUACCAGGGCAUCAGACCUGCAGCUGGCUACCCCAGUCAGCCUGACCACACAGAGAAGUCCACCAUGUGGAGCCUGGCUGGGAUCCAGGAGAAGACCGGUAUUCUUCUGACAGAGUCGCUGGCCAUGAUGCCCGCUGCCUCGGUGUCUGGACUUUACUUCUCCAACCCUAAGGCCUCGUACUUCGCUGUGGGAAAGAUCACCAAGGAGCAGGUGGAGGACUACGCCGGAAGGAAGGAGAUGUGUGUGGAGGAGGCGGAGAGGUGGCUGGGGCCCAUACUGGGCUACGACAGCGAGGCGUAGAGUGUGACCACUCCAGCAGUAAAGUGGACCAACACAGUAUCAGGUUGACAGUCCGACCGAUCUGCUGGAGCCCACACAGGUCCUCACUGCGGCUGCUUCCACAUGGCAGUACAACUGCUGCUUCAGUGCUCUUGUGCCAGCAGGUUAUGACAAACCUACUACUACUAUGCACAUGCUCACAUGAUGUAUGAAAUGAUCUCUGAAAUACAUUCAACGUUUAAUAACGGAGGGAUUCUCUUAGCUCUACAAAUGGAGUGAAAUAAUCUGUUGGUGUUACAUCACAGUCACGUGUGUCUUCUUUAGCACUUCAUCGAUCACGCUAAAACGAUCAUCGCCAUUAUUUUUGCUCAAUGUUGAGAUCAUUAUUGUUUUAGCACUUAGCCCUGUGCUGGGCCGGCAUUGGUCAAAGUCUACAUGGUUACUGAUGCUCCAAUAUGCAGAUUAUUAAACAUUUUAAAAGAUUUUAUACAUCAUUAGUUCAGAUUAGUUCAGUAUUUGAAUCUGAGGUUCCACUUUUUCAUUGGCUGGUUUGUUAAUAUUAUUCAUUUUGUCAUUUCUGGGGGGGAUUGUAGAAGCGAUGCAGAGGAUCUGUAAAGUAUGACAAAUGUAUCGAUAAAUAUGAAUUCUUUCUUGAUGUUUUUAAUCAAGCAAUAUGUAAGUUCUCUAUCAACAUCCACACAUUGUUUACAUGUUACCAGGUAUUGUAAUUGUUGUAUUGUGUGUGUGUGUGUGUGUGUGUACUAAACAACCCAUCUACUCAUUCAGACUAAGUGUUCAAAUUCAAUUAGGGUUUCUGUAAAAUGCUGACUGCAUGCAUUUCACACGUGUCUUAAGCCCUGAUGUGCUGCAGCGUUUGAUCUCAGUCUGUAUGAAACUGUCUUAAUCACUUUCCUCUUCUUAUAUUGAAAAAAUAAGUUGUGGAUAAAUAAUGGUGGCAUUGCAAACAAUGUAAAACAUGAGCAAUAGAACUGGUUUUUUUCUGUUUUUUUUUAAAUAAAUCAAUUCAACACAUUUCUGUUUAUCUCUCUGAGUUUAUAUCUCCAGUCCACCAUAAAGAAGAUCAAUGUAGAUGUUAUCUCGGGGCAUCUAACAGUUUAAUGUCUUCUGUAGCUCUGGAGGAGCUCUGUCUAAUCUGAACAAUUUAAAAUCGGGGCCAUGGAAUUUGAAAGAUUUCACAAGAACUCG